AUGUCCACUACGGCAGACUAUAUCGCCAAAUGUCCUCGGCGGCAAGCCCUGCUGGAAACAGUAGAGACAUACUGGCUGGAUGAUCCAAGGCGACCACCCGGAACGCUCGAUUCGUCUCUCAAGAAACACACCACACUUAUCAACAAGCUCAAGUCUGCUCUGUUGAUAGGCCCCUCAGAAGUCUUUGCCAAAGAUAUCGAUGGCCUGACUUUGUCGAAAUACCUGGAGGAGAUUGUCGCGGCCGUCGUUGAUGGCGCUUCCAAAGGCAGAGGUGAUCCUGAAGUUGCUGUUGAUAUCAUCGUCCACCUGCAUAGCAGGCUCGCCCCCGACUUUCUUCAGCAACUUCUUCCUCUACUACUGGGUGUACUGUCCGCCGGUGCAUCCCUCAGUCUUCCCCUGGGCAAAGAUGGCGACAAGGAGAAGGAAAAAGAAGACAAGGAGAGGCUGGCGAAGCAGAGACCGGUAUUGAGGAUCAUUGCGGAGCUGGCUAUGGUAGGCGCCUGGGAGGAAGGUGUCGUGAAAGGGUCUGCUGAGAUUGGGAAGAUCCUUAAGGGCCUGAUGACGAAUGACCCUCAAUUCAACAAUUUGCCCCUACUGUCGACCUUCCUCAAAUAUUUUGGCAGGGCCUAUCUUGGCAGCAAACAUAAUAACGAAACAAGCAACGGCUCAGAUGCUACUGCCGAAAAGCAGACAAAGGAGGAAUUGCCGGAAGGUGUGACAGAGCUUGUCCCGGUAGAGGUGCAGAAGAAGAUGCGAGAGCUCUUUGUUGGCUAUUUCAACACGACUAGCAAGACUCUGGUCAAGGGACAAAUAAAACUUCUCGAGCAAGACAAGCGCAACCACGAAGCGUAUAUCAAGUCCGGCGAGAUCUUUGAAGACCGCCAGCAAGCUUAUGAGAAGAUGAUUCGUGCUAUCGAAAGGCUCAAUGCCGGUCUCCAAACACUUGCCGACCUUUUGGGCCUCGCCCCUCCCGUGCUCCCUACUGCUGCUACUCUAUCCAAAUCCGGUCUCCAAAUUGUCGACUCUGGGUCCUCAUUCACUGUCAGAAACGAUGGACCCAUCGCGGGGGGCAUUUGGGACGAUGAAGAGGAGCAGAGAUUCUAUGAGGAUCUGAUUGACCUCAAGGAGGUGGUCCCUUCUUCCCUCUUGGGCAUCAAGGAGAAGAGCGCGAAAGAAAAGGACGAAGAGCCGGGAAAUGCUGAGGAAGAACAGAUAGAAAAGCAGAAAGCAGAGGAAGAGGAGUUGCGCAAGCAGCUAGAGCAGAUGGAGCUGGCGGACUCUCAGGCUCAGCCCGAGUCCGAGAAGCAAGGGAACGAUGCAGUGAACACGGGAGGAGAUGCGGAGGAUAUCGCAGAAGACUCUGCCGACGAGGAAGCCCCGACCACUACUGUCACGGAGGAAGAUGGGCUUCAAUCUGGUCCAGCUGCUCGACUUUCGGCGCUGUUUGCUGCUUUACCAGAGUCAAAUAAUAGAGAGGUUGUGGACAAACUUGCCAUCGAAUUCGCCUUUUUGAACUCCAAGGGAGCUAGGAAGAGGCUAAUCAAGUUUCUUGGAGAAGUCCCGAGGCAGAGGACCGACCUUCUUCCACACUAUUCUCGGUUCAUUGCCACCCUCACACCUUAUAUGCCGGACGUUGCUCAAGGUGUCCUCGAUAUUCUGGACGAAGAGCUACGCUAUCUGCAGAGAAAGAAACUGAUCCGUGAACUCGACAGCACGCGUCUCAAGAACGUCCGCUUCUACGGAGAACUUGCCAAAUUCAAGGCAGCCAAGCCUUUCAACAUCCUACACGUCUUCAAAGUGUUCCUUGACGAUUUCAAGUUCAACAUCGACAACAUUGCAAACCUGCUUGAAACUUGCGGAAGGUUUUUGUUGCGCAAUGAAGACACCGCUGAGGUGGCGAAGCGAAUGGUGGAGUUGAUGAGACGCAAGCAAGCGAAUGCGCAUUUGAACCAGAGACAGACGCUCAUGCUGGAGAACGCUUUCUAUACUUGUAACCCUCCCCAGCGAGUCGCUCGAGAGGUCGUGCAGCUCACGCCAAUGGAAAGCUUCAUUCGACAUCUGCUUGAUGAAGUGCUCAUGAAGCGAACCAUCGAUAAAGUCUUGAAGUUGUUGCGGAAGCUUCACUGGGAGGAUCCAGAGGUCUACGCGUACAUCUUUGCUUCCUUUACCAGCCCGUGGGAGAUCAAGUUUGGCAACGUACCGCACCUCGCCGACCUCGCGUGUCACCUCCAAAAGUGGCACCCUGAAUUCGGAAUUUCUGUCGUUGACGAGGUGCUUGAGAACAUUCGCAUCGACUUGGAAGAAAACAUCUUCAAGUUCAACCAGCGAAGGAUUGCUACCAUGAAGUAUCUCGGUGAACUUUAUAUGUACCGAGUCAUCAGCUGCUCGGUCGUCUUUGAUGUGCUUUGGAGCUUAUUGUCGUUCGGUCAUGCUGACCCCACGUCGUACCCGGGCCGAGAGAGUCCAGUCGAUGCCGUUGACGAUUUCUUCCGUGUGCGUCUAGCUUGCACUUUGCUCGAUACAUGCGGCGUUUGCUUUGAGAAGGGGUCUCAAGGGCGCAAGCUGGAACAGUACCUUGUCAUGCUCCAGCUCUACGUCACAUGUAAAACCGAGCUUCCCAUGGACGUCGACUUUAUGCUGUCCGACACUCUUGAGGCUUUACGACCCAAAGCACCCAGGCUCAGGACUUUCACCGAAGCAGCCACUGCGGUGGACGAGCUUCUGGCCUCUUAUAAAGACUUUGGUGUGGAAGAGGAUGGUUCAGACGACGAAGGCCUGCGACAAGCCACGGAGGACAAACCCGAAACACCCGAGCAAGUCCAUGCCGAGCUGGAAGGCACAGUGGAGGACGAUGAUCAAGAUGUAGAUGUUGUGAUAAUCCGUGAUCAAGCCAAACCCGAUGAAGAUGACGCGGACGAGCGGGCUGCUUUCGACCGCGAAUUUGCCAAGGUCCUCGCCGAUACCACUGAUGCCAGGCGCGGUGAACAACGAAAGACUGCGCCUCCCAUAUUCGACACUGCAGUGCCUAUCAUGAGGAAGAAGGCGGACGAGGCGAAGGCUAGAGCGACGAGAGAGAAGGAGCAGGAAAGGGAGCAGGCGGCAAAGGAGGAAGAAGGGAGGAUGCAGUUCAUGCUGCUGUCGAAGAAGGCAGGAAAGCAGCAGUUGCGAUCCCUCGCCAUCCCCACGGACUCGACCAUUGCUGUCAACUCCAAGACAUAUCAAGCUCAAAGCAAGGCGGAACAGGAGCAGCUGAAGAGGUUGGUGCUGCAAAAUGAGAGAAGGCUGGAGAGGUCAGAAGUUGAAGACAUUGAGACUAGGGGCAUCAAGCUCCGGUUCGCCCACUCAUGA